AAAAAAAAAUUCAUAUGGACAUUGGUUUAUUUACCGACCUUGGCAAUGAAUGCCUCUUGCGCAUCACAAGCCAGGGGCAAGAGGAGUCCCCAAGGCCAGCGAGGGGGGAAAGGUCCUAUAUUUGGGGUUUUGUUCGGACAAUUCUCUGUUAAUCUGCUACUUGUCGAAGCUUUCUUCUUGUUUUCCCUUUUCGUCCUUUUUCUCCUUCUCUGCAUUUUCAUUGCAUUCUUGGCAUCUCCCUCGUGAUUGGGCCCCCGUUUCCUGAUCAAUAAACCAUGCACUUGGGCUCCAAGUUCGCUGUCUGAGCCGCACCCCUUCGUUCAUGAUCUGGGACGAGGAAUGGAAAAAUAGAAGCUUUCUCGAUCCCGGCCGUGGGUUGACAAACAAAGAAGUAGGAAACCAAAGCAUAUGGCACGAUGGUCAGGUUUCACAAACGGAUCUUCCGAAGAUUGUCUUGAAACUGUUGGAGGACAUCAGGGUAAUGACUGUUGCCUGAACGUUGCUGAGGUUGUUACAGAUCACCUUGAUGUUGAAGUUAAACUAGAGUGCUUGUUUCAUCAACUUCUAUCAAUUUGUAUAAAGGAGAAGAAUUCUGGAGGCACUAUUCGUCCUGUACCUGUAAUGCUUGGUGAUGGUCAAUCGUUGGAUUUAUACAAACUGUUCUUGUCUGUGAAGGAAAGAGGUGGGUAUGCUUCGGUGUCGGAGAAAGGAUUGUGGGGUUUUGUGACUAAGGAAUUGGGUUUGAAUCCUAAACUUUUGGCUUCGGUGAAAUUAGUAUAUAACAAGUAUUUGAAUGAGUUUGAAAGAUGGCUCAGCAAAACUCGUGGAGGAAAUAAUUUCAAAAGUGGAAAUUGUGGGUGUAAUAUGGAUUUUAAGUUUGAGCCGCCAGAGCUAGUAAAUGAGUUUAGAGAUUUAUUAUGUGGCAACGCCAAGUUGAAGGAUGAUGUAUCCUUUCAUCUGCAAUCAAGUAAAAUGAGAAGCAACAUUGACUUGAUUAAUCACCAGAGUGAAACGAAUUUGUUGGACAACAAAAAUCAACCUCCUAUAUGCGAGAAUCUCCACAGUACGCCUGGUGAUGCCGACUUGAAAUUUUGUAGAAGUGUUGAGAACGAUCCUGUUACCUUGAACUCAGAAGCUCCUGUUAAGGAAUUUAAUUCUCGCAAGCGCAAACGAGACGCAUUAUUUUCAAUGCUGAGCUGGAUCAGAAAAACUGCAAAGCAUCCUCUUGAUCCUUCAAUUGAACUGCUACCAGAGGCAUCUAAGUGGAAGGAUUAUAAAGGACAAGAUUUUUGGGUUCAGAUGCUUAGAGCAAGAGAGGCACUACAACUGAGGUCUUGUGACAAACUAAGCUGCAGGCAGUCUUCCUUGCAGGAGCCACAGGACAACUCAACUACCUAUUUGUUGUGCUUUGGUCAAAUAAUUUCCUUCCCUCACUGAAUUUACAGAGCCCUCAAGCCGCUAUUCUAUUUUCUCAAAUCCUAAAUGUAAAGCUUGUAAUUUGAAACUUGUAUCUCUAGCUAGUCAUUAUAGGUAACUGAAAACUUGUGCUUCCAUGAGAACUGCGUAUCAGGAAGGUUUCCAUUUUUCAUUCCAUUUCCUUUGCACAUGUAACCACCUCCAUACCAAG